CUAGAAGUGAAAGAAAGGGAAUGUUGCUGUUGUUGUUGUUGCUUGCUGUCUGAUGAUCGCAGUUGCAGUUGCAGUGCUGCAGUAGUCUAUUGUAAACAUCAUCUACAUCCAUUGAUGGUUUAGUGAGAAGAUUUAUCUAGGAAACUGUUCUGGGCUGUUAUAUACUGUGAUGAGAGUUGGUCUGUUAUGAAACUGAUUCCAUUUCUUCUUCGAUCAUCUUUGUAUUGUGGAACUAGAAGACUCACUUGUUGCCCAGAAUGAGUGCUCAUGAAAAGGCAAUGUCAGACACCAUUGAAGAGGAUAGCCAACGACUCUGUGAGCUGGAAGUAUUAGCUGAAAAUGGCAAUGGACAUAUCCGUGAUCCUUCCCCAGUAGAACAAAGAUCAGAAACAAAUGUUGUACACCAUCAUCGAGUGAUAACUGAAACUCCUGAAAAUAAGGCGGGACUAUGGAACAUAAGAGCUGUGAGAUUCCUUCUACUGUGGUACUUUUUCAGUGGGUGCACUCUUUUUCUGAAUAAAUACAUUCUAUCCUUCAUGAGAGGUGAUCCAAUGAUACUAGGAAUAUGUCAGAUGUUUAUGACGACACUAUGUGGCUGCAUUCAGAUGUAUUACCCUUGUGGUAUGUAUAAACCAGUUCAAAGAUUAGUUCGCCCUCCCGGGUUUUACCGUCACAUGGUUCUUGUAGGAUGUACAAGAUUUGUUACUGUAGUACUAGGCUUAGUUUCUCUGAAAUAUAUUGCUGUCAGUUUUACUGAAACAAUUAAAAGUUCAGCUCCAAUAUUUACUGUUCUCAUAUCCAAAAUUGUUCUUGGUGAACAUACUGGCCUUUAUGUUAAUCUAUCUUUAGUCCCUGUCAUGAGUGGUCUAGCAUUGUGCUCUGCAAAUGAGCUGAGUUUCAAUACGCAGGGUUUUCUCUCAGCAAUGGCCACAAAUAUAACUGAGUGUUUACAAAAUGUUCUAUCCAAAAUGCUCAUCAGUGGGGACAAGUUUAAAUACACGCCUGCAGAGCUCCAGUUUUAUACUAGUAUGGCAGCCAUGGUUGUCCUGAUCCCAGGCUCGUGGAUCCUUGUUGACCUCAGCAAUGUUCAGACCCCGAGUGACAUAUACCUUUGGGCAGCACUAUUGUUCAAUGGACUUUUGUUUCAUUUUCAAAGUAUAACCGCAUAUGUGCUCAUGGAUUAUAUAUCCCCUGUAACUCACAGUGUGGCCAAUACAGCAAAACGAGCAUUCCUCAUUUGGCUCUCUGUCUUGUUGUUUGGAAACCCAGUUACAAUUUUGAGUGCAGUGGGUACAUGCACUGUCAUUUUGGGUGUCCUUCUGUACAAUAAAGCUCAAGAAAUAGAUAGCAGUUAUAGGCGUUUACCAGUUAGACAUGCAAGUAGAGGCAUGCGCUCAUUGUAGAAGCCUCCAUGUGUGUCUUUGGACCCCAGCUUUCCCAUUGCCAUAUCUGUGCCAUGCAUGUGAGCUCUUCAAAGAUGUUAUCUAAUCAACUCAGGCAAGAGAUGUAGGCUGUUUCAUCACACAUCAUGACCCUCUAUCGACAAUACAUUGCCCGUUAUUGAGGAUCAAGAAAUAACUUGAAGCCACUAUUGCCCAAAGGAUUAGUACUAUUAGCUAAAAUGUUGUAGGUACUUCAUUUCAGUCUUCAUCUAUUUUUGCCUGAAAAAAACACAGGGUCUAUUCAAAACUGGAAAUCAGGGAAAAGUAAAGAAAUCUGAAUAUGAGCACUGAAUCUGAACUGGAGAGAGUGAAGAAAUCUGAGUAGGCAGGAAGAAUGAUGUUUCAGACCAAAAACUUAUGUUGAAGGUGGUAUUCUCUUGGAUUCUUUUCCCUUCGCACACCUCAUAAGAAGAAGGAGACCUAGAAAGUGAGAAAUCAGUUUUGUCAGGAAAUCAGGGAAACUUGUACUUGUAAGUUUUGGAUAAACCCUAACAUUAAAUGAACCUGCCUUCUGUAUUGUAUAUUGUACUUGUGGCUAAAGCAUGAUUUGUGGUGCCAACAAAUUGUGAUAAACUGUGAUUUAGUGGCUGUGUCUGUAUAUUUUUUCCAAUUUUCGUUUUCAUUCUACGGAUGACAGCCAAGCAUUUAUAAAUUUUCUAUUUGUUGUGUCAUUGAGAGCCAUUAUGUUUGUCUAUCUUCUAGAUCUCAUUUUAUGAGCCAGUCACUGGAGAUACUUACUUGAUUGCAUUUCUUAGUAUCCCAGGUGUUCUCACAUUACAUAGAUAAGUAAAAAUGAAAUCAAACUGGGAUGUUUGUCUCAAGAGUCUGAUCAAAAUUUUAAGAAGGUCUAGUAUAGUGAAGAAUUGCGUUGUAAAUGUUAAUCCAAUUAAAAUUUUUAACAGCUUUAUAUCAAAUGUUACUGUAUUGGGAAAAAAAAUCCCAGUAUGUGGGUUGAUUCAUCAACAAUUGUUUUUGUAUCAAUUUAUAAAUUAUGUUCCCCUCCCCCCCUCCCUCCCCCUAAUUUAUGUGUGUGUGCGCAUUUUUAUGUGUGGACUAAGUUUAGGCUUCAAAAGCCUCAUAAGUCUUAUACAUUCUACUAAUGUAGAGUGGUCAGGGUUGCUCUGUUUUUUCUCCUCUAUUAAUUUUGGUCAUUUGAUGGCUGUUAUUGAAAAAGGCAAUACUAUGUAGUUCUUUUUUUUUAAACUCAAGAUCAUGAACCUUACAAUGCAUUCCUGUUCUUUAGUUAUAAUUUUAGUUAAGGGUCGAUUAUGCAGAAUCUUGUUUGUAUACUUCGGAUAUUCAGAUUUGCUUGUUUGUUCUUGGCAACUUUAGUGUUCCUGGAGCUAAAAGUGGAGCAUCAGUAUUUGAACAGUUCUACCAGUGUUUGAAGUUUUUGAAGUUAGUCAUAGACUUCUGGACAGGAAGUUGAUCACUCGCUUCAUCACUGAUUUUAUUUAUGUGACCUUGCUUAUCUGCUUAGGAGAGGCUGUGGAAGAAUAGUGCUUGUUUUGUAGUUGUACUAGUGUAAUUAUUUUUUAAUCUAACCAUGUUCUGGGGAAUUGUGCACAAUCUUUGUGGCAUUCGAUAAACACCUCAUUCUGAGUUAAUACCAACUAUUUAUAAAUCUUUUUGCCCCCUAAAGGCAUUUGUCUUAUGAAAGAUAAAUGUUGUUUGUGUUCAAUGCAAAUAAAAAUUUUCACACCUUAA